CCUUUCACCACAAGUCUUUUGACAUGGACGACGGCGACGACGAUGCUUCACAAAAUGCGCAGGAGUUGGAUGAGUUUAUAGCGAACCUGAUGCUCCAGCCAGAGCGAGAGCAGGUUGCAUCAGAACUAGGGGUUUUGCAGUCUAUCUAUGGUGAUUCAGCUAUAAAAGUAUGGCAUCCGACUCCUGGAAGUAGUCCCGCCCCAGAUACUCAAAUCGGCGACAAGGACGGAUCAGACACAAUUCGCUAUGUAGCAGCCCUUAACCUGCUCUCACCUCACGAAGAUGUAUCUCUUCGCAUCUUGGUAUCAAUUCCUCCAUCGUACCCAAACUCUUCCCCUCCGCAACUACAGCUUCUCUCACGAUAUAUCGGUGCUUUCGGUGUCGAUUCAUCGCUCUUUGGUUCCAUUUUGCGUACAUUCAUAUCCGUAAAUGGCGCUGAGUGGUCCCCAGACAGCGUCUGCGUGUUCGAUGGGUUGCAAAAUGUCCUUGAAAGAUGUAGCGCUUGGUAUGAAGAUCGACUCAGUGUAGAGAAAGCGGGUGAACUUAUGAGAGGGGAUGCUCAUGCACGCGAAGAGGAGCAUGUAUCAUCAUCAAUCACAGACCAAAAAAUUGACGAUGAACACGUUUUGCCACGGGAUGUGCCUGCAUUGCCUGAUGGGAUUCGCAUCGUAGAGGCUGAGUCCAUUGUAGACCGUAGAAGCGUGUUUAUUGGAAGGGCGUGCGAGAUAUCUCAUCCGUCACAGGUCCCUCUGAUACUGAGCAGCCUCAUGGCAGACCGUCGCAUAUCGCGAGCGGCACAUCCGAUUAUUAAUGCAUGGCGAUGCCAGGUUGGAAAUCUGCUGCAUCAAGAUAACGAUGAUGACGGUGAGACGGCAGCGGGAAGCCGUCUUGCGCAUCUCCUCCAGAUACUUGAGAUCAAUAAUGUCCUUGUCGUCGUGACACGUUAUUUUGGUGGAAUACAUCUUGGGCCUGACCGCUUCAAACAUAUAAACCAGGCAGCAAGAAACGCGCUCGAGCUCGGAGGCUUUUUGGAUCAGGAAGGUGGUACCUCAUCGAAGAGUGGAAGAGGCGCAGGGAAAGGGAGAAAGCGGUAAGACAUAGAAGGCUGAUUGUACUUUCGUAGUGAAGAGUAAAAAGAAAUCAGGGGAAUCCCCAGGUGCUAUCACAAAGAUGGCCCAGUU